AUGUUGUUGAAUGUGUUGUGUUGGAUAAUGGUAUAUGGACAACCAAAUCCAAACUGUUCAUCGGCGUUUUGUUCGGAGUGCGAAAAUGAGGUGUGCACGAAAUGUAUCGAUAUGUAUGUGUUGGAAAAUGGCGACUGCAUUUACCAAGAAAAGGCACAUUGCAAAGAGGUCAACAUAACGUCAAGUCUUUGUAUUUCAUGUAUUGACGAAUACCAAAAGGUACAAGGUAUAUGCAAAGAACAAGACGGUUUAUGUUCCAAAUAUUCCAGAUCUGAUUGUGUUGAAUGCAAAAAGGGGAAUUACCAACAUAAUAUAACCACGGGGGUUGAAUGUUUCAACUGUGGUGGAGUCGACAAGUAUUGUCUGGAGUUUGAUGAUUCAAAGUGUGAGAAAUGCACUUUAUGUCAAGAAGGAACUGUUUUAUAUGAGGGGAAGUGUAUUUUUGCGAUACGAGACUGUCUCAAAUAUUUAUCUGUCGAUGUGUGCGAAACUUGUGUGGAAGGGAAAAUGAAAACGCCGAGUGGGAAAUGUGUUCAGGGCACAAUUGAACACUGUAAGGAUUAUGUUAACUCAACACACUGCCGUUCUUGUUUAGAUGGAUUUGUAUUAAGAAAAUACCCCGACAACUACUUAAAAAUAGAUGUCGACUCAUUCUAUACAUAUUAUAGCACACAAAUAGCUGAAACGAAGUGUCUUGAAUAUAAAAAAAUCGAACACUGUAGCAAAUUUUCAUUGACUGAAGAGACAAUGUGUGUUGAAUGUGAAGAGGGGUAUGGAAUUGACCCAACAUACAGUAAAUGUGAAUUGGGAUCGAUUGAAGGAUGUACGACAUACAGACGAUCAAAUUACUGCGAAGAGUGUUAUGCUGGGUAUUAUCUUGAAUUAGGAAAAUGCAUGGUUUGCACCGAAAGCAGUUUACAAAAGAACACGUCAUGUGUUUUGUGUAAAAAUACUAUCAAAGUUGUACAAGGAGAAUGCGUUGACACUCACUGCCAAAACUUGAAUGUUGUUGAUGACAUAUGUGUGACAUGUGAAGAAGGAUAUGUUGUCGAUUUGACAAAAAGUGGUACAUGUAUAAAAAGUGGCAACACGUGCAUACAACAAGUUGAAGGGAAGUGUAUUCAAUGCACCACCGGAUAUUACUUGACCUCUCAAUUUACAUGCGCCCAAUGUAAUAAAAACACAUGCAUCCAUUGUAUUGACUCUCCAACAACAUGUUCUCUCAAAACUACGUUGUAUCAAAAGUCCAUUACAACAUCAUGUGAUUCUUAUUUGUGUUCGUCGUGUAAUUCAACGACAAGAAUAUGUUUGAAAUGUUGGGAUGGGAGUUCUGCAUUAAAUGGGAAGUGUUCAGAUAUCAGUUGUGAAAUAGGGUUGAGUGGUGAAUGUGUGAAAUGUUCGCAAUACACAAAGAAGAGUGGUGUACCUUUUUAUUACCAAUUUGUGCCUGUUGAUGGGAGGUGUGUUGUUGACAGCUCUUCUUCUUUAUUCUUUACGUUCUUUGCAAUAAUUUUGUUGAUGUUAUAA